AUGUCCAUUAAUGGGGUUGUAUUGAAACACAACUACGCCCAGCUUUUCUCCUCCAGCGAGUUACCGUUUGAGGUCAGCAGCGAUGGACUAGAAAUACUAAAAUACAAAACACCCACCUCACGGCAAAAGCUAUCGAUUUCACUGAGCGACACCUCACAGUCAAAGCUAAAGAUAACGGCACAGGAUGGAUAUCUAUAUCUCACUACUAAAAGAUUGGUAUUCAUUACUCUUCAUCAAGGUGAUAUUGAGUCAUUUGUGUUGGAUCUAACAUUGGCGCCGAUUUUGCAAUUGAGUCACAAGUUAAAGGCGCCUUGGUUUGGAGUCAAUUAUUGGGAAUUCAUGUUCUUCAGUGCCAAAGAACCAAGCAUCGUCAGUGAUGGGUUUCCAAAGAACGAGUAUUUUAAAGGAGAAAUUUACUUCCAAGAUGGUGGACUAUUUGACUUUGUCGAGAAACUCAAUGCAGUUUUGAAUGAUGUUGUAAAUAACCGAGAAAUCGAUGACGAGCUCCCGGCUUACAGUGCUGCCGCAGCAGGUUAG